ACGAAAUUAAUCAAUAUUGUACGUAAUGAGACAGCUGAUAAAGUAAAAGAAUAUCUUAAUAAGAAAAAAGUAGAUAAAAAAACGUUUGAAAAAUUUAAAACGAAAGAGGAGAAUCCUUUAUAUGUUUCUAUGAUUAUUAGAAAAGAUUUUGAUAUGUCACAAGAAUUAAUCAAAGUGAUGAUUAAAGUAAAAGCUGAUAUCAAUAAAUAUGAUGAAGCUGAACAAACAAUAUUACAUUAUGUAUGUAAUACAUUUACUUCUGAUGCUUCUUUUAUUAUGGCAUUAUUACAAUUUCCAGGAAUAAAUGUUAAUGCAAAAAAUAGAGAUGAACAAACUCCUUUACAUAUUUUUUGUAAUCAUUUUGCUAAUGUUCAAUCAUACAAAACAGUUUUACAAAAAUUUGUUGAAUUACAUGCUGAAAUUGAUGCUACAAAUUCAUAUCUUGAAACACCUCUUAUUAAAACUGUUAAAAAUCAAAAACUUAGAGGUCUUAUUGUUCAAUUUCUCAUUGACAAUGGAGCAAAUAUUAAUGUUGCUAAUAAAGCAAAAAAUACUGCAUUACAUUUUGUUGUUGUUUUAAAUAGAGUAGAUUUAAUUAAUAUAUUAGUUAAAGGAGGUGCUGAUAUUUAUUGUUUAAAUAAUAAAAAUGAAUCUCCAUUAAGUCUUGCUAAAGAAAAAGGUUCAAUGGCAGUUAUUACUAAAUUAUAUGAAGUUCAUAAUUUACUUCAAUGGCUUUCAUCUAUUUCAAAUGACUUUGUUGCUUUAUAUGCAAGAAAAUUUCUUCAACAAGAACUUCAUCCAAAAUUACUUAAAUCAUUAAGUGAUGAAGAAUUAACUGAUGUAUUAGAAGUUAUUGUAGAAGAAGAAAAACAUAUAACUAUUUUAAAAGAUUCAUUACGUAAAUUUGAAUUAAUUCUUCCAGAAGAAAAAGAAAUUAAAGCAGUUGUUGUAACUACACCUGAAAAAAAACCAAUGCUUUCAGUAUCUCGACGUUCAUCACUUCCAGCUAAUGUAGAUUCAUGGACUAUUGGAUCAAAUCAAAUUGAAUUUACAGGAGAAACAAAACCAUCACGAUCAAAUAAAGUUGGAACAGGAUCAACAUGUAGUGUUUAUAGAGGUAUUUAUAAAAAAAAUAAUAGUGAAGGAGGAACAACAGAUUUUGAUGUUGCAGUCAAAGUAAUGGAUGAAGGUAUUGAUUUAGGAGAAAAUAGUGAAUUUCUUCAUGAAUUUGAAAUACAAAAAAUUAUUACCCAUAAGAAUAUUGUAAAGUUCUUUGGAAUUGUUAUAGAUGAUACAAUAUCAAUUGUUAUGGAAUUUUGUUCUCAUUUCUCAUUAUUUGAUGUUCUUAAUGAUCCAAAUCAACAAGUUGAUUUUCCUACUGCAUUAAAUUUUUGUGAACAAAUGAGUGUUGGACUAGGAGUAUUACAUGAUAACAAACCAUCUAUUCUUCAUCGUGAUUUUAAAUCAUUAAAUGUUCUUGUAACAAACGAUUAUACGUUAAAAAUUAGUGAUUUUGGAAUGAGUCGAUUUGAUACUACAGAAAAUCGAGAAAAAGAUUUAAAAGAAUUAUCUGGAACAAUACCAUAUUGUUCUCCAGAAAUUAUUCCAAGUGAUGGACAUCAAGGAUUAUAUACUACAAAAAGUGAUAUUUAUUCUCUUGGAAUAGUUUUUUGGGAAAUUUUUAGGAGAGUUGUUUUUGGGUCAUACACAAAACCAUGGUUUAAAGAAUAUAAUAUUCCUGCAGCAAAUGACUUUGCUAUUUUAAAUUUAAUUAGUGAAGGUAAACGACCUACUCUUGAAAUCAAGGAAUAUAAUGAAGCUUGUAAAAAUUAUGUACCACCAUCAGUACAUCAACUGUAUUAUAGUUGUGUAGAUGAUGAACCUGAUAAAAGACCUAAUACAGAAGAACUUAUUAAAAUGAUUGAAUCAAUGAAACAGGAAUAUAUACAUAACAAUACUAUUUGGAAUAAAUAUUAUGUUCCUGUUGGAUAUAAGAAAAUGUAA